UUGAGUCACGAAUUAGCUCGUGAUCUGCGAGGAUUGUGCGAGCAUAUUGUGCGAAUCACGCCACUCCCGCGCGGUCGAAGUUCAUACGCGGUUCAAACGUUUGUUAUACAAACAAGUGGUUUGUUCUAGAAUCAAACGGUAGAUCAGUUACGACCGUCUGCGGUGGAAGGAAAAAUGCCGCCACAAGGUGCAGAGAGAGAUUCGUUCGUGUUGUUUGAGUCGGACGCCAAGGACCCAGAUGUCAUCACGCACAUGGCCCCCCAGGCCGAGAAGAGGCAGACGCAGAUCGUGUGGAGAAACGUGGCCAUUUUUACCUACCUCCACCUCGGGUUCUUAUACGGAGCCUACCUGAUGCUCACAACUGUGAUGUGGAAGACCCGACUGUUCUGUUUGAUACUGUACGUAUGUUCGGGACUCGGGAUCACGGCUGGAGCGCACAGACUAUGGGCCCACAAAUCUUACAAAGCGAAAUUGCCUCUUAGGAUUAUACUGACCCUCUUCAAUACAUUGGCAUUCCAGGACGCAGUAGUGGACUGGGCGAGAGACCACCGCAUGCACCACAAGUACUCGGAGACAGACGCGGACCCCCACAACGCCACGCGUGGGUUCUUCUUCUCGCACGUGGGCUGGCUGCUGGUCCGCAAGCACCCGCAGAUCAAAGCCAAGGGACACACCAUCGACAUGAGCGACCUUAGGGCCGACCCUGUGCUGAGGUUCCAGAAAAAAUACUACAUGUACCUGAUGCCUCUAAUCUGCUUCAUCAUGCCAUCUGUGGUGCCAGCUCUAUGGGGAGAAACUGUAUGGAAUGGCUACUUCACUUGUGCAGUCUUCCGCUACGUUGCAGUCCUGAACGGAACCUGGCUGGUCAACUCCUGGGCCCACUUGUGGGGUGACAAGCCGUACGACAGACACAUCAACCCCGUAGAAACCAAAGUUGUAUCCGUGGCUGCCAUCGGCGAAGGCUUCCACAACUACCACCACACUUUCCCCUGGGAUUACAAAGCGGCUGAACUGGGAAACUACACGUUUAACAUCACCAAAUUCUUCAUCGAUACUAUGGCCACCAUCGGCUGGGCUUACGAUCUUAAGACGGUAUCCACUGACGUCAUCCAAAAGAGGAUAACGAGAACUGGUGAUGGCAGCCACCCCGUAUGGGGAUGGGGAGACAAAAACAUCCCCGAGGAGGACAAGAAAGUCACAACAGUGAUUAACCCCGAAAAAGAAGAGUGAAUUUAUUAGUCUUUAGUACACAUAAAAUAAUUUAUUUUUAUAAACAAGCAUCAUUCCAAAAAUUCAAAUACCUAAGAGAGUAAAUUUAAGUGCUUUUAAUUAUUUCUUUUAGAUAUUAUUGGGUAAUUCCUAAAAAUUAAGUUGGAGGUAUGAUGAUCUAAUUUAAGUAGAAAUCUUUUGGGCAUUUAUUAAUUGGUAUCAUCUUUAAUGUUUGAAAAUUAUUGUUGUUUUGAUGAUGUAAAUAAAUAAAUACAAAUGACAAAGUAAAUUCUUAAAAAAAUAAAACUGAAAAAGACUUCUUUAGAAAUAUUGUAAUUUUGUGAUAUCUACACCAACGACAUCCAUUGUUAUUCAAACUUAAUAAUUUGUUGCAAUAUACAUACAAACACAACUUUUGUAAAAUCAGUGCCAAUUAUUUUUAUAAUAUUUUCCUACCUAUAUCCGAAAGGAUAAAUUUGUUUAAUCUAUAUAAACGUAGAUUACUUUAUAUUUUUU